ACUCAGUAGUACCAUCAGUAGUCAGUCUCACAGCAGCUUCAACGCACUCAUACAUACAUACACACACAUAGUGAGGACGUAAAAGGAGAUUGUUGCAAGAAGGAAGCAAAGAGAUUCUCGGCUAGUCUCUCUUCUUUUUGUCUCCUGUUUUUUGCAUUCCUGAUAUGACCCUGUUCAGCCCAAGAUACAUGAGCAUGAGUGGAGAGUUGAAGUCCAGCCGCUCCAGGGCAGCGAGUAAGAGGGCCAGCAACACCACUUAUGGAUCUGAGUUAGACCUGGAGUAUGAUAGCUACCAUGAGGACUACUAUGACAGGGUGUAUGACUACCAGCGUGUGCCGGCCUCCUUGUCUCCUCUCCCUCUGGGACCCAGUCUGGCCAAGCGAUCCCGUUCCUCCUCCUACUCCACCGGGCACAGACGCAGUCGAGACAGAACCCACUCCAAAAGCUCACGAGCCCACUCAACUAGUUCAUCCACAGCCAAGUUGGGCAUGGAGGAGUUGCAGGUGAUUAAAAAGGAGCUGACUCUGAUAAAGACACAGAUCGAUGGUCUGCUUGACAGUCUGGACAGGAUGGACACACAGCGGAAUGACCACAAAGGUUCUCCACUGAGAGAGGACAGUCCAGCUGGCUCAGGGUCCGCUCUGUCCGCCAGCAGUCCUGAGCACUCCCUCUCCUCCCUCUCCCCACCCAGCGCCCGCCAUCGAAUCCACAGGGAGCCCGAUGAUGACCACCACACGAUGAGCAACCACAGCUCAGACCCAGAGGAGGAAAUAUGAAGGAGGAAAAUAAGAAGACAUAGAAGACGUGGAUUAAGUGCCAAACAUGGAGGAAGAGAACAUAAACUAUGAAGUCAACACACAUAUCAGAGGAUCAUCUCCCCUCCAACAGAUUGUUCAUUUCUGACAACACACCGUCUAAUUGUUUCACAACAGCUUGGUUUCUGUGAAGUAGUUUGAGGAAAUACCAAAACACUGACACUGGUGACUUUAACACAGUAAGUAAGCUACAUACACAUAAUUGUGAAGAUUUUGUUAUGUUAAAGUGAGAGAGAGAGAGAGAGAGAGAGAGAGAGAGAGAGAGAGAGAGAGAGAGUGAGAGAGAGAGAGAGAGAGAGAGAGAGAGAGAGAGUGAGAGAGUGAGAGAGAGAGAGAGAGUGGGAUCUUAUCCUGAGAGUAAUUAUAAAGAUUACCUAGAGGCAUGGUGGUAAAUUAAACUUACUUUUCAUAAUCCUGCCUAAGCAGACCAUCCUAUUGUACUGUGUUAGCCGGGUUGUACAGCAGAAAUUUUCCCGUAUUAAUACAGAUAUUGCAAUAUUAAUCCAAAUGAGACAAUAGACUUCUCUGAUUAAAAAAAAUAUGUAAGCAGUUUACCAGAUUAGCUUGGUCGCAUUAAAAGUCUUUUUCUAAACAUGCUGCAAAAUGUCAAACUGUUCCCACAGAAAUCCUUAAUGUGCUGUAAUUCUAGUGUCCAAAUGAAGCUGUUUAGUUUCUGCUGAAUAUCCAGAAACUGUCAAAUUAAAAGAUUGACUCCUGUCUUUUUAAAAUAUGUGUAUUUCUUUUUAAUAAAGCUUAUGUCUAAGUCUAUGUCAGAAUAAAAAUUUGAUAAUGCAAACCCAAUAUAGAAUGAGGCAGACUCAUAAAGAGUGGGUGGAUUUAACUGUUUGAACAGCUAAGGAUUAUUGUCAUUUUCAGGAUAAGGGCAUAGACUAGUGUGUGCAUGUAAAGUAGAAAUGAAACUCUCUCUGCAAAUGCCAGACUGUUUUGACCCUUCAAAGGAAAUCUAUACUCACUCAGAUUUGAUCACUGAAGAGUUUAUUUUCUUCCUAUACCCAACUUACUGUGAAGUCAAUUCAAAAUGUAACAAUCAGAGUAAUCAUAGUUAUCACUGAGAGGCUGAAAAGAUCAUUCAGGAGGGAAUAAAAGUUGUUUUCUGUUUGAAAUGUCAUUGUGACUAACAUAAAUGUUCUAGAAAUUAUCCUGUUGAAGAAAUAAAGGUGUUUUCCCUAUUUUAGAUAUAUUAGAGAAAUGUUUCAAAUGCUCUUCCACCAUGUAUUUGGCACUUUAAGACAUGCAGACGCGCAGGUCAGUGUGUAAUAUUGUGUAUUACUGUAAACUUUUCUGUAAUUGUUGAACUGUCUUGAUUUGAACCUUGUUUUAGGACUUCACAUAUGUUUGUUUUUUUUCAAGAAAAUAAGCAAUGUAUGAAGAUAAUUCAUAUUGUGUUACAUGUUUUUGUUUGCAUUCUUAAAAUAAGCCAAGUGGAAUUACUCCAUGUCACAGUAGUAAAAGUAUUUUCAUAUUGAGUAUAAAUACAGUAAAUGGUAGUGUGUUUUUAUUUUAUUUUAAACUGACAUUUGGAUAAAUAAUGGAAAGAAUGUGAGGCAGAUGGCAUUAUAUAAACAAACAAUUUUGAUAUCGUGACAAUGAUGGAAGUGCAUGUCCUGUUUUAAAACUGGGGUGGUGAGGUGCAUUAAUGUUACAAUAAUUGAAGGAUACUAUAAAAAACAAAGGAACACAGUAAGUGGUGCCAGAUUAUGGCAUGGCACGUUGAACCAGCAACGUCACUGUUCCUUCAAACAUGGAGCAAUCGAAGGGGACCGGAAAGGACCUCUAUAUAUUUCUGUGUGUGUUGGAUCCCAAUCAACAGACUGCAGCUGAUUCUAGUGGAAGAUGUUUGUCUGUUACUUUCUUCAACAGUAGGCUACAUAGUGUAUGGCUGACCUACACUAAACUAUUCCACAAACCAAAGAAUUGUACCUGCAGACUAUGCACCAUCAGCUGUUUCUUUUACAGCCAUCAUGUCCUGCUGAUGAAGCCAAAUAAGUGAGGAGGAGACUUGAGACACUAAAGAUUCAUGUACUUUUAACUAUCUGUGGUCUUGUGUGAUCCUAACAAAACAAUACGUGUGCUUUGAAAAUGGGAGGGGGAUUUUGAUUUAGUCACUUUGAAUGUUUUCAGCCAACAUUUUGGGAAUAUAAUUGACAUAUAUAUUUUUUUAAAUAAAAUAAGCAUGCAUUUAAACAAAAUAGAAAAAGGGAACACAAAUAGGACAUAAUUUAACGUUUAAAUUACGACCUGACUGAAAAACAUUAGA